AUGAGUAAACAAGCAAAAGGAACAUCAAAGACCGGCCAAUUGAAAGCUCAGCAUACACUUGUUGAUAGUUCAGAUACAAAUUAUAAUCAAGAGCGCAAUCACUCCGCUACUGCUUUACCUUCCAACAUGAAUAAUAAUUUUAAACGUGGUGCCCAUAAUCAUCAUUUCUCAAUCGGUGAUCGCCGAUGCAAUGUUCCUCCCCCAUCAUCACCGUACCGAGGACGUGCUAGUGAUGGUCAUAACCAACGCAAAACUCGAUCGUCUAGUACUAAUAAUUGGCAUCAAGAUAGUCGACAGACGGACGUCUCCAAUGUGAAAGAAAAACCAACGUCAACAACAUUCAAUAUGCGUCACCGUUCGAAUUCGAGAACAAAAUUUUCAAAGAGAAGUCAAUCUGUUGAUAACUUGUCUACGUCAUUGCCUUCCAUGGAAGAUAUCAAGCGUGAAUUUGAAACCUUAUAUCAGUUGAUUAUUAUGUCUGCGACAGGGGAUAGCAAGUUACUGCAAAAGUAUUACAAUGGUGCUUGUUUAUUUGAAUUUUCUGAUGAAAUGUUCCCGAUCGAAGACGAAUAUGCUCUUGAAGAACCUAAGAAAUAUGUCGAGGCAGCCGUAAAGAAAGCUCUUGAAAUUCAUGAGAGUCAAGAUCCAGGAGAUAUUCUGGUGUUUCUUACUGGACCAGAUGAAAUCGACCGGGCUAUCACAGAAUUUAUAGAAAAAGUUAACCAUCGAGAUACAAUUCGUGUUUUGCCAUUGCAUGGAAAACUAAGUGAACAAGAAACACAAGCAGUAUUUACACCGACGAGUCCUCAAAAACGCAAGAUAGUUUUUGCGACGAACAUUGCUGAGACUUCGAUAACUAUUGAUGGGAUUCAAUAUGUUAUUGAUUCAGGCAUGGUCAAAGAAAUCAUGUGGGAUUCUGAAAAAAAUACCCAGACACUAAAAGUUCGCAACACUACUCAAAGUUCAGUAAAACAACGACGUGGCAGAGCUGGGCGAACCGCACCAGGAAAAGUACGUAGUCAUCGGUUCUUUCGCAAAUUUCACUGAGCACAUCUUACAAUGGAAGGGUGUGACCUGUUGAGCGAAAAUCUUAGACAUAUUCGGGUCAAAAGAAAGCUUUCAACGAGAAAUUAACAAAUUUAAAAUAUGAGCUGCGUAUGGCGUUCCUAGACAAAGAUCCUUGAAUCUCAAGGUUCGUGAAAUUUAGGUAUAAAAAUGAAUCAGGAAAGAUUUUCGCCACUAGUAUUAGGAC